AUGGGGCUGGGGCCUGGUGCUUGGGAUUGUCGGCGCGCACUACCUGGCGCCCUCCGCACCUCGGGCAUUUGCCUGGUCGCGUUGCUGGGCAGGACCGCGCGCAGCGCCCAACACUUCGACAGGGCGGCCGCCCGCGUGGCCCGCCAGGUGCUCGCCGCGCGGGGCGAGGAGGACAUGGAGCCGCCCACUACGGCGCUGCCCAAGGAGGCGGAGGAGGAGCGCCCGAUCUUGCGCCCCGCCGGUCGCAGCACGGCGGGCUGCCUGCUGUCGAGCGUGGCGCGCUCCGGGGGCCUGAGGCUCAGGAAGAUGGGCAUCGGCCCGGCCCUGGGCGCGUAG